CAUCCCGCGACUUCCUGUCGCUGUAAUUUUCUUCAGUGCUGACGGAGAGGCUUCCUAUUCUAUCCUAGCUAGCUAACUCCACAAACAGAAAAAUAAUAACAAUAAAUGUACUAUAAAUUAUCGUAUGAUAUUACGUUUCAGAAUAAUACAGCUGUUAAAAUGUAAACGAAUAGAGAGCUAAUUCAUUUUCUGUAUCAAAUCGUUUCCGUUAGAUUCGUAUUAUUGUAUGUUAUAAUGCUAGUUCAGGACUCUACAGAUUUGCCUAACGGCAGCUAGCAGGGAAUUUCACUGUGUUUUUUGUGUGUGUGUCGCUAAAACUAGAUCGUCACCCGACAAGGCCAUAUUGUCACUCAGCUGCAGAAAUCAAACUUCUCUUUAAUCGAUUUGCGUUGACACCUGUUAGCUAGCGCGGCUAGCUAGCGCUCUCCUUGCACUGAUUCUACUGGAAAUGGUAGACGCCCUCAUGUGCCCAUGGAAAAGGCGGCUUUCGAGGGGUGGCUGGAGUCAGUUUCUACCACCUUCCUGGCGCUAAGUGACCAGCAGCGCAACCAAUCGCUGGACCACCUCAUCUCACUGAGCGGCGCCGCCCAACUACGACACCUGUCCAAUAGGCUGGAAGCGCUGCUGAAGCGGGAUUUCCUGCGCCUGCUGCCGUUAGAGCUGGCCUUCUACCUGCUCCGCUGGCUGGACCCCCAAACCCUGCUCACCUGCUGUCUGGUGUGCAAGCAGUGGAAUAAAGUCAUCAAUGCCUGCACAGAAGUGUGGCAGAGUGUGUGUCAAGACCUCGGCUGGCGCAUCGAUGAGUCCAUCCAGGAUGCGACUCACUGGAAAGGUGUUUAUCUAAAGGCCAAACUGCGCAUGAAGCAGCUAAGGGAGGAGGAUGCUUUUGAGACCAGCUCUCUCAUUGGACACAGUGCUCGGGUAUAUGCUCUCUACUAUCGGGAGGGGCUCCUCUGCACAGGUUCUGAUGACCUGUCAGCCAAAUUAUGGGAUGUCCGCACAGGGCAGUGCAUUUACGGCAUCCAGACCCACACUUGUGCCACUGUCAAAUUUGAUGAGCAGAAACUGGUAACAGGGUCUUUUGACAACACCAUUGCAUGCUGGGAAUGGAGCACUGGUGCCAAAAUCCAGCAAUUCCGAGGACACACUGGGGCGGUAUUCAGCAUUGACUACAAUGAUGAGUUGGACACCCUGGUCAGCGGCUCAGCAGACUUCACUGUAAAAGUCUGGUCCCUGUCUUCAGGAACCUGUGUUAACACAUUCACUGGGCACACAGAGUGGGUCACCAAGGUGCACCUUCAAAAAAGCCAAGUGGAAUCCAUGAUGCACAGUCCUGGAGACUACAUACUACUGAGUGUUGAUAAGUAUGAAAUAAAGGUGUGGCCAAUCGGCCGUGAGAUCAACUGUAAGUGCUUAAAGACUCUAUCCGUAUCAGAAGACCGCAGUGUCUGCUUGCAGCCGCGAUUACAGUUUGACGGCCGGUACAUUGUCUGUAGUUCAGACUUGGGCAUAUACCAGUGGGACUUUGCAAGUUUUGAUGUCAUCAGAGUCAUCAAGCCACAGCAGGACCCCUCCAACUUCUCUCUGCUUAGUUUCGGUGAGGUGUUUGCUCUGCUCUUUGACAACCACCACCUCUAUGUUAUGGACUUGAGGACUGAGGUCACUGUGGGUCGCUGGCCACUGCCAGCCUACCGCAAAUCCAAGCGUGGCUCUAGUUUCUUGCCGGGCGUCACCUCCUGGCUCAAUGGACUGGACGGCAAGAACGAUGCGGGCCUGGUGUUUGCCACCAGCAUGCCCGACCAUAGCAUUCAUCUGGUUCUUUGGAGAGAGAAUGGGUAGAAAGGCAGAGGAGGUUAAUACUAGCCCUGAGCUUUGAAAGCAGGCGGGACUUUUACAAACAUAAAAAAAAAGAAAAAAGGGUGCUUUCAAUUUGGAAAAUAUUACAGCCAACCCAGUUAGAUAAUGCAUGGACCAAAGUGUUUUCCCCCUCCUCGCCUUUGUUGCCAUUCGCAUUAGGGAUUCACUCUUGCUUCAGUUUCUUUCUUAGUCACUGGUAAACUACGAAUUCAACACAUUACAGUCUUUAGAAAAGAAGACUGCUGGAGAUUUGCAGUACAGGCCAUAGUUUCUCUCCAUAAUGUGAACAAUCCAAGGUUGUUGUUAGUUGAAGAUUUAGGAGAGAUUUCCCACUGAACUUCAGAGUUUCGCUCCUUUUGAUUUCACACUAGUGAGGGAUAGUGAAGUGCUAGAGCACAGAUCGCUUCACGGCAAGCAUGAGCAGUUGACGUGUUUUUAUAGCACAAUCACUAAGAUUGACAAUGAAGUAAUGUUUUUUUUGUUACCUUUUCAACAAAUUUGCGUUUCUUUACACGUCAAGAAUUUUCCUUUGGACACAGAGAUGUUGCCUUGAAUCUGUGAUUUCCUAUUGAAGAAAUUUAAUUUGCAGACCUCUGCAUCUAUAGGCGCUGGCUUGCGGCCCAAAUAUAUGGGUUGGUCCUUUUUCUGAGUUUUGAAUCAAAUGGCUUUUGUUUGUAUGAAGGUCAUUCAGAAGUGGCUUCUCGUUGUUAUUGACCCUUGGUUUUAUUUUUCAUUCAGUUUAUUGGUCAUGUGCCUUUGUUUUAACACUUAACUAUUUGCAUUUACAGUGCGUCACAUUUUGAAGUCCAGUCCUCCCUCAAUGACAAUGAAAGAAGAAAACAUUGUAUGUUUUUUGUUUUUUAACCUAAUGAAAUUGAUACUGUAAGAAUUAGUCUCACCACUAUUAGGCCAGAAUAGAUCACACAAAAGUGUUUAUUGUGAAUCUCAUUGAAUGUUCAUUUUUAAUCUUUAUUUUUAAAGCGUGAUCUUAUUUUUUGCUUAAUCCAGGACUAACCAGCCUUUGUCACUUUAUAAAGCUGCUUCUGUAGUUCUGUAUAUCCCACUGGGACAUUAUUUUCUCAAACCAUAAAAACUAAGUAUUUUGGGUUUAUAGUUUAAUCCAUUUUUCAUCUUGCUCACACAUUUCAGAGGAAAGAAAGUGGGUAACAUUUAGAUUAAAUGAAAAUAUCAUUGGUGGUUAUGAUGUCUGUAUGCAGCGCUCAUGUGUUACUUCACCGAAAUGGAAACUCACAGACAGUAAUGGCAUCCUUCCAUCAUUAGCAAAAUUCAGGUCUGUUGUUUGUAUAACAAAAUAACAUGCUGUCUUAAAAAUAAAUGACAGUAGCUAAUGAUAGAA